CAUGGAUAUAGCAACAGGUCCCGAGUCGCUGGAGAGGUGCUUCCCUCGGGGGCAGACGGACUGCGCCAAGAUGUUGGACGGCAUCAAGAUGGAGGAGCACGCCUUGCGCCCCGGGCCCGCCACUCUGGGGGUGCUUCUGGGCUCCGACUGCCCGCAUCCCGCCGUCUGCGAGGGCUGCCAGCGGCCCAUCUCCGACCGCUUCCUGAUGCGAGUCAACGAGUCGUCCUGGCACGAGGAGUGUUUGCAGUGCGCGGCGUGUCAGCAAGCCCUCACCACCAGCUGCUACUUCCGGGAUCGGAAACUGUACUGCAAACAAGACUACCAACAGCUCUUCGCAGCCAAGUGCAGCGGCUGCAUGGAGAAGAUCGCCCCCACCGAGUUCGUGAUGCGGGCGCUGGAGUGCGUGUACCACCUGGGCUGCUUCUGCUGCUGCGUGUGUGAGCGGCAGCUCCGCAAGGGCGACGAGUUUGUGCUCAAGGAGGGCCAGCUGCUGUGCAAGGGCGACUACGAGAAGGAGAAGGACCUGCUCAGCUCCGUGAGCCCCGACGAGUCCGACUCCGUGAAGAGCGAGGACGAGGACGGGGACAUGAAGCCGGCCAAGGGGCAAGGCAGCCAGAGCAAGGGCAGCGGGGAUGACGGGAAGGACCCGCGGAGGCCCAAGCGACCCCGGACCAUCCUCACCACGCAGCAGCGAAGAGCCUUCAAGGCCUCCUUUGAGGUUUCCUCCAAGCCCUGCCGGAAGGUCCGGGAGACGCUGGCAGCUGAGACGGGCCUCAGCGUGCGUGUGGUCCAGGUCUGGUUUCAGAACCAAAGAGCAAAGAUGAAGAAGCUGGCCCGGCGGCACCAGCAGCAGCAGGAGCAGCAGAACUCCCAGCGGCUGGGCCAGGAGGUCCUGUCCAGCCGCAUGGAGGGCAUGAUGGCCUCCUACACGCCGCUGGCCCCACCGCAGCAGCAGAUCGUGGCCAUGGAGCAGAGCCCCUACGGCAGCAGCGACCCCUUCCAGCAGGGCCUCACGCCGCCCCAAAUGCCAGGUGACCACAUGAACCCCUAUGGGAACGACUCCAUCUUCCACGACAUCGACAGCGAUACCUCCUUAACCAGCCUCAGUGACUGCUUCCUCGGCUCCUCAGACGUGGGCUCGCUGCAGGCCCGCGUGGGGAACCCCAUCGACCGGCUCUACUCCAUGCAGAGUUCCUACUUUGCCUCCUGAGAGCCAGCCGGGCGCAUGGACGCUUGGGCACGGGGCCUGGGGCGGGACUGCGGCCCCAGCAGCCAGCCUGGCCACCCCACCCCGCCACCCGCACAGACUCUACAGACAGCCAUACGGUGCCCUCCCCUUGGCCGGCCGGGCCUGGCUAAAGUGUCCGUUUGGCACAGCCAGACCGGCAGGCAGAUGGACACAGCCUGGGCAGGGGCUGUGUCUUGCCCACAGAGACCUUGUCACCCCCAGGGACCCAGAGUGCUCGGACGGCCACUCGCCUCCCAGCCCCACCUCGGCCUCCGUAGCGCCUUCUCCCUCCCCAUCUCUUUUUUGGGAAGCUUAAAUUCUCUCUAUUUUUUUAAACGUCUUCUGUGUCCAGCCAACCUCCAUGGCUCCCGUGCAAGCCCCAGGACGAUGAUGCCUGUGACCUGAGAAGCGUGUGCGCCUGGCCCUGCGGUGGCGCCACCUCCCCCGAACGAGGGCAGGCCUGCCAGCCAGGGGAAGAGCCCCACAGGUGCACGGCCCGCCACUGCUCCGCCUGAGAGCGAGGCACCGGCGCAGCUGGGGCUGUGCACUGAGCCCAGGCAGACCCAAAGUGACAGAGGAGCGCACGCACACACACGUGCAGGCACGGCCCGCACAUACGCACACAGCCACGGGGAUGCCGAAAAGGGACGGGUUUGCCGCGGGUCUGCCCUGCCUUGUCAGGAAGGGGAAAGGAGGCCAGACAGGCCUCUUCUAGGAGCAGUUGCAGGGAGGAAGGAAGGAAGGGGCGAGGAGAGUGAGCUUGAAGCACGUGGACCCAAGUGGGGGCUGCCUGGGCGGGGGGGCAG